AAAUUGGGAUGAGGUUGCUUGAUCCUGGACUCUAAGACCAAUCCUCAGUUGAUUUGAGAUUGUUUUCUUCAAAUAUGUGAAAGAUCAUAUUGACACUUUUUUUUUUUUUUUUUUUGGGCCCGACUAGUCAAAGUUUAUUUUCAAAGAACAACCAGUACAAUCAGAGUUUUACUACAGCCAUGAUCAUGAAUUUUAAAACCGCCAGAAUAAUCAUGAAUAGCCCGCUAACUUAAGAUAUUUGAUAUUCCGACCAAGUUUUAAGAUUGGGUUUGGACCAACAUCGGCCCAAAUUAUAGCCCAAACCAACAUUACCGAAUGCGCAAGAAAACUCCGAUUUGUUCUUUGAUUAAGCAGAACGUUUAAACCCUAGAAGACCAGAGACAAGACACCAAGGGUUUAUGCCCGCGCCAAACCUUAAACCCUCUUUCCACAUCCCGAACUCUCCGCUUCUGAGUUCGAAUGAUCUCAAAUUCAAACCCAUCUGAGCAGUAACACCACGACGUUCGAAGGUCGUCAAUGGCCGCCUCAAAACUAGCUUCCUUGGCAGCAAUGGCUGUCACAGCCGCUUCCUUGUCCACGCUCCCUAACCGCGCGUACGCCGACUCUUCGUUUCGCUUCAAUCCCUUCUCUUCUUCUCCGCAGGUGCCACAAAGUGAAUCUUCAAGUUCAGAUGGUAAGUCCGAGCCUGCAGCUGAAGAACCGAAAGGCGGUUUCGAUCCCGAAUCUCUGGAGAGAGGGGCCAAAGCAUUACGAGAAAUCAACAGCUCUCCAUAUGCCAAACAGGUAUUUGAAAUCAUGAGGAAGCAGGAACAAAGUCGCCUUGCGGAAUUGGCGGCUGAGAAAACGCAUUUCGAAGCAAUUCAAUCGCAACUCGAUAUAGACAAGCAGCGGAAAUUGGCUGAAGAACAAAGGAAUUUAAUACAACAACAAUCACAGGCAAAGGCACAAAUGCUUCGAUACGAGGAUGAAUUGGCUAGGAAAAGAAUGCAGACAGAUCAUGAAGCUCAGAGGCGACACAAUGCUGAAUUGGUCAAGAUGCAAGAGGAGUCUUCCAUACGAAAAGAACAAGCAAGACGGGCAACUGAAGAACAAAUUCAAGCUCAGAAAAGACAGACUGAGAAAGAGAGAGCUGAAAUAGACCGGGAAACCAUGCGAGUAAAAGCCAUGGCUGAGGCUGAAGGUCGGGCACAUGAAGCAAAGCUGACUGAGGACCAUAACAGGAGAAUGCUUAUAGAACGGAUGAAUGGUGAAAGAGACAAGUGGCUCGCUGCAAUCAAUACAACUUUUAGUCAUAUUGAAGGGGGCGUAAGGAUUUUGUUGACUGAUAGGACUAAGUUGAUUAUGACUGUUGGAGGAGCUACUGCAUUAGCAGCAGGAGUUUAUACGACUAGAGAAGGUUCCAGAGUUAUUUGGGGAUAUAUCAACCGAAUUCUGGGACAGCCAUCACUGAUUCGAGAAUCGUCCAUUGCAAAAUUUCCAUGGUCAGGAAUAGUUUCUCGAGGUGCAAAUAAGGUGUUCAAUUAUAGUACUAAGGCUGGAGCUGCUGCACCUGUGGCAAAUCAAAGCAGCUUUGGAAAUGUUGUUCUUCAUCCUUCGUUGCAGAAAAGAAUACAGCAUCUUGCUCGAGCUACUGCAAACACUAAGUCUCAUCAAGCACCCUUCCGUAACAUGCUUUUCUAUGGGCCUCCUGGCACUGGUAAAACCAUGGUUGCAAAGGAAAUUUCUCGAAAAUCGGGUUUGGAUUAUGCCAUGAUGACGGGAGGGGAUGUUGCACCACUGGGUCCUCAGGCUGUUACCAAAAUUCAUGAAAUAUUUGAUUGGUCCAAGAAGUCAAAGAAAGGUUUGCUGCUUUUUAUUGAUGAGGCUGAUGCUUUUUUAUGCGAGCGUAACAGUAUACACAUGAGUGAAGCUCAGCGAAGUGCUCUAAAUGCAUUGCUCUUCCGAACUGGUGACCAAUCAAGAGAUGUAGUUCUCGUCCUUGCCACAAACAGACCAGGAGAUCUUGACACUGCUAUCACUGAUCGCAUUGAUGAAGUGAUUGAAUUCCCUCUUCCUCGGGAAGAAGAGCGUUUCGAACUGCUGAAGCUCUAUUUGAAUAAGUAUCUCGCUGGUGAAAGUAAUGAUGAUUUUAAGCAGGGCUUUUUGCUUAAGUAUGGAUUUUUGCAUAAGAAGAAACCACAGAAGAUAACCAUAAAAGAUUUGUCAGACGACGUGAUCCGAGAGGCAGCCAAAAAGACGGAAGGUUUCUCUGGCCGUGAAAUAGCAAAACUCCUGGCCAGCGUUCAAGCAGCUGUGUAUGGGCGCCCAGAUUGUGUAUUGGAUCCGGAGCUGUUCAGGGAGGUUGUGGAUUACAAGGUUGCAGAGCAUCAACAGCGAAUAAGACUGGCAGCGGAAGGUGGCCAUCCAGCUUAGAGAGGUUCUACUUGUAAGGUAGAGAAGCAGGCCUUUGUUUUAGAGGUCUCAAAUGGUGGAAAUUUUGUUUUCUUUACUUAUUAUUUUCACUCUGUAUUUGGAGUAUAUUUAAUCCAUUUAAAUUUGAUUAAAUCGAGUAUAAUAGUGUUUUCUUGCAAGCAAAUUGGUUCAAAACUUUAUCCAAGUUUGCUUAUGGGAACUUCGGGAGCUGGUGUAACUUCUGAUUUUUCAUGUGUCAAUUUCUGGGGCAUGUGUCCAGCAAUAAUUUGUAUAUCUAUAUCUGAGUUUUGCUAUUUUAAAUUUUGUAAAUUUUAUUGACUAUA